AAUAGCAACUCUGUUUAUUUGCUCGGUGCCGUCAAAAUAUAGAAAUUUCGAGGUGUCAUUUGUCAAUCUGAGUUCGGGAAAAAUCUGAUUUGUUUAUUGUGUUAGAAAAGCUUUCCCUAAUUACUGCUGUUUUCUACGCGAACCAUAUACAUAUAAUUGUCUGCAAUUGAGUUGAAAACUAAUCGAAAUGGAUAUUUAUGGAUACGCUGCAUAUCAGUAUAAUCAGUCAGAUGAACUGGCGACGCAAAUGUUUGCUCAACAAGCUCUUGCUUCCUCAAUACAAUAUCCCGAUUCCCAUCGUGCCUUACCAGGACAAGAUGCGCACACGAUGCCAGUCCCCACGGGAACACCGUGGAACGUUCAAAGUCUACCAUGGAGCUUGCAAUCUCCUCCUAACCUUGUCCACUUUACAGCGCAAAUGGAUAAGCCACUGUUACAUUGUAAGAGAAAAAGUACAGAUUUGGAACCCGUAAUACCCUCAAAGCAAUUAAUAACAGAGGAAAAAAUGGCUGCCCAUUUGAACAGUCUUCAUAUAUCGGCUGAUUAUACACAGCAUUCACUGGCAUCUGAAGAUGUAAUGGAACUGGCUGUAGACCCUGUGUCUAUCUCUGAAAGAUUAAAAGGACAUAGAAUUGUGCUCUCUGAGGAUGUGAAGAAGUUGAAAGAUGAGCCUUUAUUACCCCCAACACUAAUUGAAAGCAUUCAAAAACCCCAAAUGUCCCUAGUGGUUUGGAAGCCUCGUGAAGAAAUCCUUAAAGGUACGGACGAAAAAUCGGAACAAGAUGAAGAAUUCAAAAGAAGAAAUGGUGUUCUUGUGCCACCAGAACCUUCAGGAAUGGAUGUUGAAAUGUGAUCUUUGUAAGUUGUUGUAAUAUUAGGAACUGAUUUGUAUGGUAUAAUUUAGUCAUUAGUAGUAUAAGUAACAAACUAUUAUAAUUUUUUUUAAUACACAUUGAUGGUUGACUAUUGAUAUGGUUUUAUCAAUAUUUCCUACAAUAUUAUAUGUUCUCUAGUGAUGCACAUAUUUCGUCUAAAUGUAGAAAAUUUUCAUUAAAGUUUUGCCCCUAAAAGGUAAUUCUACAAUAUGUAACACUCAUAUAAAAUAAUUAUUUCAUGCUAUUUAAAGAAAUAAUUUACUUCUUAUCUUGUUUUUUUGCAUUCUAAAUUGGUUUUUUUUUUCAUUUAGCAGACUAAUGAGUUUUAAUUUAUGGUAUUUAAUUGUCAAAUAUAGUUAUUUAAAAUCUAUAAUACAACAUUGUAAUACAAAUUAGUAAUUAACCCUACAAAAAUCCACAUAAAAAAUUCCUCUUACCUAGGCAAAAUCUGAAACAAAAAAUACUGAAUGUCAAACAAUCGAAAAAAUCACGAUUUUGGCUAUUACAAGUAUACCACAGAUGUUUUUUUUAUAAUUUUACAGCCUAGAACGAAAUAGGUUGAAAGUAAAUAUACAGUUUGCUUAAGACUAUUAAAUAGUUUCGGAUUUCGCCUUACUUAAGACUCAGAAAGAUCAGAAAAAAAUCAUCUAUGAUAUUUGAACUCAUUGACUUGACUGCAGUUAUGAAUGUUGUAAGUCCAAUAUUUUGAAUUAAUAAUAAUUUCCUAAUACUGGUUUUGUGUUAGAAAUUCUUACAAAAUUUAAUUUUUAAAGUUUAAGUGUGUAAAUAACUAUUAAUUUUGUAUUCUUGUUAUAUUAGGUAUGUAAGAUCCAAUUAGGCUUUAUUUUUGUCUUCUUUAAGUAAUAAAGAAAGUCACAAUAAA